AUGCUUACAUUCUGCCCGAACUGCUCAAAUAUGCUACUUAUAUCCGCUGGAGAUGAUGGUCUUAAUCGAUUUUAUUGCUCUACGUGUCCCUAUGAGUUCAAGAUAAAUGGUCUACAGAUGUAUGAUAGGAAAAAGUUGAAUAGAAAAGAAGUUGAUGAUGUGCUUGGUGGAGAAGGUACCUGGGAUAAUGUCGAUCAAACUGCAGCUCAGUGUCCGAUAGACUCCUGUGGUGGUGAUAAGGCUUACUUUUUCCAGUUGCAAAUUCGGUCAGCCGAUGAACCAAUGACUACGUUCUACAAAUGUGUCAAAUGUGGGCAUAGAUGGAAAGAAAAUUAG